UAAGAAGGAAACCUUCUUCUUGUUCUUAGGAAGGAAAAUGAAAAACCUUCCAUCUUCGAAACCCUAAUCCUAGCGGCCAUCGUUGUUAGAUUUCCUCUCUGCUGAUGUAGUUUAUUUAUUUAUUUUGUUUUGUUUCGAUUCAAUCGGAUCUCAUCCGUCUUUCGGAGAGAUCUUUUUCAGAGUGGAGAUGACGAGGAGGUGUUCGCAUUGUAGUCACAAUGGUCACAAUUCAAGAACAUGCCCCAAUAGAGGAGUCAAGCUCUUCGGUGUCCGCUUAACCGAUGGAUCGAUCAGGAAGAGUGCUAGUAUGGGAAAUCUAACGCACUACACUGGAUCAAAUAGCAAUAACCUACACAACAACGGUAAUAAUCCUGAUUCUCCGGGCGAGACACCGGAGCACGGUGCCGCUGCCGAUGGUUAUGCUUCCGAGGAUUUCGUCCCUGGUUCUUCUUCCAGCUGCCGCGAGCGAAAGAAAGGUGUGCCAUGGACUGAAGAGGAACACAGGAUGUUUUUACUUGGUCUUCAGAAGGUUGGUAAAGGUGAUUGGCGUGGAAUAGCACGCAAUUAUGUAAUAUCAAGAACACCAACUCAGGUGGCAAGCCAUGCUCAGAAGUAUUUUAUACGACAAAGCAAUUUGUCCAGGAGAAAAAGAAGAUCCAGCUUGUUUGAUAUCAUAGUUGAUGAAUCAAUCGAUACUCUGGAUCCUCCAGUUGCAUCACAGGAACUGUGCCCCAUCAGCAAUUCUCUAGGUGAAACACAGAGCAACAAUCCAUUGCCAGCUCCUCCAGCUGUGGAAGAAGAGUGUGAGUCAAUGGACUCCACAAAAACCAAUGAGUGCGAAGCUACCAUUCCGAAGCCAGAUAGAUCACAAUGCAGUUACCCAGUUGUAUUUCCUACUUAUUACCCACCAUUUGUUCCACUUCCUUUCCCAUUUUGGCCCGGUUACGCAAUGGAGGGAGCAACAAAUGACACACAUGAAGUUGUUAAGCCAACAGCGGUACAUUCAAAGAAUCCAAUCGUUGUUGAUGAGCUGUUGGGAAUGUCGAAACUGAGUUUAGGAGAAUGCCUUGGGCACUCUGGGCCUUCAUCUCUCUCACAGAAAUUGCUUGAAGGGUCUACUAGGCAAUCUGCUUUCCAUGCUAACCCAACCACAGGUAGGGCUGACAUGGACACAAACAGCAACCCCAUUCAUGCACUCUAGUCUACUCAGCAGUGAAUGAUUGGACCUGUGGAUUUUUGUUAGUUCAGUACUGAAAUAUACUGGCAGAUUCUCUGUUUAUACAAGAACAAUAAUGUGCAGUUCUGAUUUGUAUGCUUCAGUUUUAAUUUUCCUCUUAUGUGGAAUUCUUUCAAUAAAACUGAUGCUCAGAAAUGUCCAUUAACCUCUCUUCUUUGGAU